CACCAAGAUUUAUUCCUGAACCAGUAUCUGGGUACGAUCAAGCAUUUGUUGGCGGUUGCUGAUCAAGGAAACAUCGCUAAAUCAAUUUCAUCAAAGGAUAGACAGAGAAAGUAAAGUAACAUUGAAGGAUAAGUUCGCGAGACAAAUUAAAGCUCGUGGAAUCGAGUUGAGGAACGAAAAAUCUAAAAACAAAAAAAAAAGAAGAAGAAAAAAAUGGAAUUUUGUCUUUCUGCAACUUCUGCAUCUGCGGUGCAAGGAACUUCUAAUUUUUUAUUCACGCAACUGUUAAGAACGCUGCUCGUUGCUCAAUGCUCUCUGAACGUUAGUAAUGAAUACCCGAAAGAUCGUACGAAUGAGAUUAUAAAUUCGAAAAGGGAAUUUGAUUUCGUAAUAGUAGGAGGUGGUACCGCUGGAUCGGUUUUAGCAAACAGAUUAACAGAGAUAAGCAAUUGGGAUGUAUUGCUGAUCGAAGCUGGCGAAGAUCCAUCGGUAUUAUCAAACGUUCCUGGAGCGAUUUUGAUGAUUCAGGGAUCCGAAGAAGAUUAUAGUUAUGAUAUCGAAUCGCAGGAAGGAUUUUGUCAAAGUAUGAAAAACAAAAAUUGCAAAUGGGGUAAAGGAAAGGCUCUAGGCGGUAGCAGUGUGAUAAAUGCAAUGUUAUACGUUCGUGGAAACGAUCGAGAUUACGAUGAAUGGGAACAUCUUGGUAACGAAGGUUGGAGUUACGAGAAAGUGUUACCAUAUUUUAAAAAAUCGAUCGAUUGUCCUCAAGAAUACAUAGAUAAGUGGGGAGACAAACAUUGCGCUAAGGGUGGUCCUAUGAAUAUUAGAAGUUACAAUUAUUCCGAAACAAACAUACAAGAGAUCUUUAUAAACGCUGCUCGCGAACUUGGUGUACCAAUUCUUGAAGCGUUUUACGAAGAAGAUUAUAUUGGGUAUGCGAAGGCUUUGGGAACUAUUGAUAUGUCUCGUCGAGUAAACGCAGCAAAAGCGUUUCUUUCACCGAUAAAGGAUAGAAAGAAUCUCUACGUGAUGAAGUCCGCCAGGGUAGACAAGAUCCUUAUGAACGAUAAUCAAGCUGCUGGGGUUAGAGUGAGCUUAAAAAAUGGCGAGCAAGUCGACGUGACGGCAUCAAAAGAAAUAAUUUUAUCAGCUGGCACUAUCGCAACUCCUCAGAUUUUAAUGCUUUCUGGAAUUGGACCAGCAAAUCAUCUAAGUGAAAUAGGAAUACCUCUGGUGACUGAUUUACCCGUUGGAAAAAAUCUUCAGGAUCACGUAAUAUGGUUAGGAAUUCAACUGGCAUACAUUAAUCACACGAACUCACCACCAUCACCAUCGUAUAUAAUGGACAUAGCUUAUGAUUAUCUGAUGAAAGGAUCUGGUGAAUUGAGCACGAUCGGUGGUGUCGAGCUAAUUGCGUUUCUUAACCUAACUGAUCCACAAUCGAAAUAUCCCGAAAUAGAGAUUCUCUUUACUCACGUACCAAGAUGGCAGGUAGAUAAACUCCAAGUGCUUUUGAAAGCCUUUGACGUUUUAGACGAACUAAUCGAGAACAUGAGUAAAAUUAUUAUGGAGACAGACAUCGUCUUUAUAUGCCCGGCUUUGUUGAAACCAAAGAGUACGGGUGAAAUUAAAUUACGUAGUUCCGAUCCUGCCGAUCAAGUUAAGAUCUAUGCGAAUUAUUUUGCCGAUCAAUCGGACAGAAAGAUUCUUCUGAAGUCUCUAGAUUUUGUUAAGUCGUUAGUAAAGACCAAAAUUUUCCAAAACAAUGGAAUAAACUUACGUCACUACGAUAUACCCAAUUGUCGUAAUACUGAACCAGAUACUAUGGAAUAUUGGGAUUGCAACUUAAGUAACACAGCAGCAACAUUUUAUCAUCCGGUUGGUACAGCUAAAAUGGGCCCUACUGGUGAUUCUACAGCAGUCGUCGAUCCUCGUCUCAAAGUACAUGGCAUUCAGAGACUAAGAGUUGUCGAUGCUUCUAUAAUGCCGCAAAUUAUCAGUGGAAAUACAAACGCACCAACGUUAAUGAUAGCUGAGAAAGGAGCAGAUAUGAUAAAAAAGGACUGGCUUGGAAAGGAUGAGCUUUAGAAGUAAAGUAACUAACAAUCGUAAAGUGAACUUUAAGUUCUUAUAAACCAGGAUGCUUCUUUAAUAGGAAGCUUACUUGCUUUUAUAACAUAGAAGAAGAAAUAUAUCGUAUUUAUUGCGACGAUUAAAAAUAUUCAAAUCGCUUUCUGGUAUUUGGGUUCAAUAUAAAUAUAAGUAAUAUUAUAUAGGAUUAUGUAAAUAUUAUGUCUCAAUUUAGAUUUUCAACAUUUCAUCGGAGUAUCUUUGUUUACUUAUUUCAUAGAAAACGUUUGACAAUUAAAUAUUAUCACUUUACAAAUAUAGUAGAAAAUAUUUUCAUUACUUUAUAUACUAAUAAAUAGUAGAUAGAAAAGAAAGAUAUUUAGAAUUGUAGAUAUGCGUAUAGAAUGUGUAUACAAUUUAUACAAUAAACCGUUUUUUUCGAUA